GGGGUUCUCGGGAACACAAAGGAACAGAGGCUGGGAGCCGGUACCGAGUGUGGGACAGAUUAAGUCUCUGAGCCAGGACUGGAAUGUGAAGGACUGGUGACUGUAACCGGCUGAAGGGCUGGUGACUGUAACCGGCUGGAGCUGGUGAUGAUGGCAAACAGGUUGGAGGAGCCUUCGUUGCAUCCUUGUUCCACUCCCUCUCACUGCCAAGCAGAACCCAAGCAUCAAACAUCUGAAGAUUGGCAGGAGAACGGCAAGGAAGCUCAUCCUGUUCCUUUGGAUAUCGAUCUCCAUGACAACCCAGGGGAUGGUGAUUCAAGCUCUGACUAUAUAAAUAACACGUCUGAGGAAGAGGAGGAUUAUGAUGAAGGCCUGCCUGAGGAGGAGGAGGAAGGGGUGACUUACUAUAUCAGAUACUGUCCUGAAGAAGACAGUUAUCUGGAAGACCUGGGGUGCACUGGAGGGGGCUAUGGAACUCAGACUAUCACUGCAGCAGAGACUGAUGAUUGCCAGGAAGCCACAGAAGAGUCUUGGGCACAAUCUAACAGACUCUGUCAAGCUAUGACUGAAGAAUCUAAACACUCUGGUUGUGACAGGGCUAGUCACCUUGAGGAAUUGGAUUGUACAGUUGCCCAGGCAGAAAGGAAUAGUGAAGGAAGUGGCAGCAAUGAAGGAAUCUCACGUGAUUAUUCUCACUCUGAGCACAUUGCCCAGUGCCCUCAGACAUUGCAGCACCACAGCAGCAAAUUGGAAGUGGACACAGAGGAUGUGGAGGAAGAUAUUGAUCAAAUCGUAGCUGAAAUCAAAAUGAGUAUGAGUAUGAGCAGUUUGAACAGUGUUGGAGAGCAGAGUUUGGAGGUGGCUGUGAAGGGGAAUUUGGACAGAAGCCUGACCAGCUGCCAUAGCGGACGGGAGACUCGGCCAAGACUCUGCCAGGCAACACCCAGCAAUGAGAAAAGUAGUGAGGAAAAGCCUGAGCUGACAGCCCCUGAGGAACACCAGCAAUGGAACCCUGAGCAGGCUACUUCUGACACAGAGCAGCCGCGGAAACAGCAACGCUCUGACCUCAAUGGCCCGGUCAAUAAUAAUUAUCUCUCUGAGCAAACAAGGAAGCCAUCAGCUUUUCCCAACUUUGUGGAUGUUCCAGGACCCUGUGAGCCUGAGGAUCUGAUUGAUGGGAUCAUUUUUGCAGCCAAUUACCUAGGUUCCACACAGCUGCUAUCUGAGCGGAACCCCUCCAAAAACAUCCGUAUGAUGCAAGCCCAGGAGGCUGUGGGACGCAUCAAGAGGGUACAGAAAACAUCAAAGAUCAAGAAGAAAGGGGGUUCUGAUGGAGAUUCACAGCCAAUGACAGAAGUUGAUCUCUUCAUUUCCACACAGAGGAUUAAAGUUCUGAAUGCGGAUUCACAGGAACCAAUGAUGGAUCAUGCACUGCGCACAAUUUCCUACAUUGCAGAUAUUGGCAACAUUGUCGUCCUGAUGGCUCGACGGCGAGUGCCACGUACAGCUUCCCAGGAUUGUAUUGAAAGCACGCCUGGUAGCCAGGAGGCCAAGAAACAGUACAAAAUGGUCUGUCAUGUCUUCGAGUCUGAGGAUGCUCAGCUGAUAGCUCAGUCCAUUGGACAGGCGUUUAGUGUUGCCUACCAAGAGUUUCUGCGAGCCAAUGGGAUUAACCCUGAAGACUUGAGUCAGAAGGAGUACAGUGACAUCAUCAACACUCAGGAAAUGUACAAUGACGACCUUGUCCAUUUCUCCAACUCUGCUAAUUGCAAAGAGCUACACGUUGAGAAGUUGAAAGGAGAGAUUUUUGGCGUAGUGAUUGUGGAGUCAGGAUGGGGUUCGAUCUUGCCAACUGUCAUCCUGGCAAACAUGAUGAAUGGAGGAGCAGCAGCUCGUUCAGGAAAGCUCAGUAUUGGAGACCAGAUAAUGUCCAUAAAUGACACGAGCCUUGUCGGUCUCCCACUCACUACCUGCCAAGGAAUCAUUAAGGGUUUGAAGAAUCAGGUUCAGGUUAAGCUGAACAUUGUGAGCUGUCCUCCUGUCACCACCGUGCUCAUCAAACGUCCUGACCUCAAGUACCAGCUUGGUUUCAGUGUACAGAAUGGCAUUAUUUGCAGCCUGAUGAGAGGUGGAAUUGCAGAGCGUGGUGGAGUUAGAGUGGGUCACCGUAUCAUUGAAAUCAAUGGGCAAAGUGUCGUGGCUACUGCUCAUGAAAAAAUUGUUCAAGCUCUGUCUAACUCAGUGGGCGAGAUUCACAUGAAGACAAUGCCAGCUGCCAUGUUUAGACUCCUAACUGGACAAGAAACACCAUUGUACAUCUAACUUUGUGAAGAAAUGGGUUCAUCUGCUCAAUGGACUUCCAGCAGAUCAGCUGAACAUUUUAUGCUGGGAAGAGGUGAUCAGUGGAAUGAAGACAGUGUCAGUGCCUCCCAUAUUGCAUGGGUGUGUGCAUAUCUGUUUUCUUUCUUGUGAUUAUGUGUGAGUGUGAGCGAGUGUGUGUGUAUGAGAGAGAGUUUAUGUCUGUGUGUGUGCGUAUCUGUGCCUCUGGGAAUACGUGUAUUUCUGCUCUGUCACUCUACACUAGACUCGGCACCAUUUCCAUUGAGAGAAAAAACAGGCUCUUUCUCUGCUCUAAAAACAAACAUUUUGCAUUUUAUAUAAGUUGAACCAAGUUCUUUCACAAGUUAGUGACAGUGUCACUUUAACAUAAUGUUGGUGUGCAAUAAAUAAUUGAAUGUCCAGUGCUGAAUGUCAGAUAAAGACAGCCAUUGUUGCUAUUAGUAACGAGUUUACAGAGAAAUCUCUGACAGUGCAGUUCCCACUGCUUUGAACUUUCUUACCAGUGUUAUCUUUGUGCAUUUAGCCCAAUUGGAAUGUAACAGAUAGUUCUGUUAUCAUUGAUGAACAACAGUUACUGGCAUAGCCCAUAUUUGUGCAGCGCGUGUUGUGUUGCUGGUGAGUGAGUUGAUAAUAUUAGAGUCUUUGUAUUUGUAUCUUGAAAUGCUGUACCUAGCACUAGAGGCUAAAUGUUAGUUUGUCUUUUUCCCAUCAUGUUACUCCACUUGGAGAUGAGUUGGUGCAGCUGCAGAUCCUGCAAUGUCUUCUUGGCUGGUGCAUGAAAUUGCAUCAAGAAUACAGAAUGUGAAAUAAACAAUAUGAACAGCUGUGGAUCACUUGAGAAGACAAUAGGAAAUUCCAGACUCAUUCUUUUUCAUAAAAGUAGGUAAUACUUGAACUGGGCUGGUUAUAUCUGUUUUAUCUGCGCCUCUCCCAAAUACUGAAAUAAAAACCAAAG